AUGUCGCGGAACGUUGGUGCCGAGGAGGACUGGGAGGACGUGGGGGCCGUCGAGGAGGAGGAGGAGGAAGAAGAAGACACGACCAUCAACAACUCUGAUGUGGUGAUGCGGUAUAAAAAGGCGGCCUUGUGGUGCAAUGAAACACUCCAGGUGCUGCUUGAUGCGGCCAAGCCUGGCGCAAAGGUGUAUGACCUCUGCAGGUUGGGCGAUGAGACAAUCGCGAAGAAGCUUAAGACGAUGUUUAAAGGCACGGAGAAGGGUAUAGCUUUCCCAACGUGCGUCUCCGUAAACAGUUGUGUGGCACACAACAGCCCGUCAGCUGACGAUGAGGCGGCCUCCCAAGAGAUUCAGCUUGGGGAUGUGGUGCACUUUGAUCUGGGCGUUCACGUGGACGGGUACUGUGCGCAGGUGGCCCACACCGUGCAGGUAACUGAGAAUAAUGAGCUUGCUGCCGAUGCGAAGGCCACAAAGGUCAUUUCCGCAGCUCACAGCAUUCUUAACACGGCGAUGCGCAAGCUGCGGCCCGGGACCAACGUUUAUGAUGUGACAGAAAUCAUUGAAAAGGCUGCCGCACACUACGGUGUUACCCCCGUCGAUGGCGUCCUUUCACACAUGCUGAAGCGUUACAUUGUUGACAGCUUUCGGUGCAUUCCACAACGGAAGGUAGCGGAACACCUUGUGCAUGACUACACGCUGGAGGCAGGGCAGGUGUGGGCGCUCGACAUCGUCGUGAGCUCUGGAAAGGGCAAACUAAAGGAGCGUGAUGCACGGCCGACCAUCCACAAGGUAGCGCUGGACUCCAAAUACGCCAUGAAGAUGGAGUCGGCGCGUGAGCUUCAGCGUGAGAUUGAGGCGAAGUACCAGACAUUUCCUUUUGCGCUGCGGAACCUGGAGACAAAGAGGGCUCGCCUAGGUCUCACAGAGAUGGUGAAGCACGACGCCGUGGUUCCGUACCCUGUUUUGUACGAGCGGGACGGCGAAGUGGUCGGUCACUUCAAGGCCACGGUGCUGAUUACAGGCAAGAAGAUCGAGCCAGUGACGGGGCUCAGGCCGCAGAAGGCGCCGGCGCUGCCCGCGUACACCGAUGAGCUCUUGCUGACCACAAGCAAACUGCCGCUUUCCCUCGAGGAGAAGAAGCGGAAGAAUUAA